CUCAGCGCAGCAGUCGUACAGAAUGGCUCUCAAGGUCUUCGUGCUCUUCGCUCUCGCGGCUACCGCCCUCGCCCGCCCUGACAGCCCCCCUGCCUAUGGCUACGGAGCUCCAGCACCCUCCUACGCCCCCGCCAAGUACGACUUCAACUACGCCGUCAACGACCCUCCCUCCGGCAACGACUUCGGCCACCAGGAGUCUCGUGACGGAGACUACACUCAGGGAUCCUACUACGUCCUGCUUCCCGACGGUCGCCUGCAGAGGGUCACCUACAAUGUCAACGGCGAUUCUGGCUUCCUGGCCGAGGUUACGUAUGAGGGAGAAGCCCAAUACCCUACUCAGCAGCGUGCUUACACUCCCGCUCCAACUUACGGAUAAUAUGUUUUAAUAUUUUUCUAUUUUUGACGAAAUGAACAUUGCACAAUUGAGAAACAUUGUGGUAUACUAUUUAAACUUAUUUAUUGUAGGCUAUUUCUCCUUUCAUCUUCCACUUUGAUACAAUAAUCCAAAUUGUUCAUCCGUUUCUUUUAUCCACAUUGCUCUCUAUAUAUCUAUACAUGCGUGUGCAGAUAUUUAUUCAUAUUUAUAAAAUAUAUUCUCUGUAUAUAUAUCUGUCAAUAUAUACCAAAUUUUCAAUG